GGCCGGUUGUUUAUUUUAUCAUGAAUGUGAAAUAACAAGUAACAACGUCCAUCGGCAAGCUUUGGUCCGGGAGCCGCCCAUACGCGGGGUAUAUUAAUUUUGCGAGGGCGACCGUCAUGGCGUCCGACAAGGUGACGCUCGAGGAUGCUCUCUCCAACGUGGAGGUGCUCGAAGAACUCUCGCUGCCCGACCAGCAGCCCUGCAUCGAGGCGCAGGCCUGCUCGGUCGCCUACCAUGCCAAUUUUGACACCAACUUCGAGGACCGCACCGCCUUCGUCAGCGGCAUGGCCAAGUACAUCGAGGAGGCUACUGUGCACGCGAAUCUGAACGAGCUGCUGGAGGAGGGCCACCAGCACGCCGUGAUGCUGUACACGUGGCGGUGCUGCUCGCGCGCCAUCCCGCAGCCCAAGUCGAACGAGCAGCCGAACCGGGUGAAAAUCUACCAGAAGACGGUGGACGUGCUCGGACCAGAGGUGGACAAACUGCUCAACUUCAUGUACUUCCAGCGGAAGGCCAUCGACCGCUUCUCGGCCGAGGUGAAGCGGCUCUGCCACCAGGAGAAGCGCAAGGACUUCGUCUCCGAGGCCUACCUGCUUACUCUCGGCAAGUUCAUCAACAUGUUCGCCGUGCUCGAUGAGCUAAAGAACAUGAAGUCGAGCGUCAAAAAUGACUACUCGACCUACCGAAGGGCGGCUCAGUUCCUGAAGGUGAUGGCCGACUCUCAGACGCUGCAAGAGUCGCAGAACCUCUCCAUGUUCCUGGCCACGCAGAACAAAAUCCGCGACACGGUCAAGGAGAACCUGGAGAAGAUCAUCAACUACGAGGAGCUGCUGGCAGACGUGGUCAACAUCUGCGUACACAUGUUCGAGACCAAGAUGUACCUGACGCCGCAGGAGAAGCACAUGCUGGUCAAGGUGAUGGGCUUUGGCCUGUUCCUGAUGGACAGCGAGCAGUGCAACAUCAACAAACUCGACCAGAAGAAACGCAUCUGCAUCAGCAAGAUCGACAAAAUAUUUAAGGGUCUGGAGGUGGUGCCGCUGUUCGGCGACAUGCAGAUCGCGCCCUUCAACUUUGUCCGACGCAGCAAGAACUUCGACCCGGCCAAGUGGCCGCUGGCCAACACGAACCAGACGCACCCGCAGUCGGACCUGCUGAGCAGCCUGCAGCAGAUCCGCGACGACCACCUCAAGUACAUCUCCGAGUUAGCCCGCUACAGUAACGAGGUGACGACCACGUACAAGGACUCUCCGCGCACGGACGCCGAGAACCGGGCCAUCUGCGACCUUGCGCUGCGGGGUCUGCAGCUACUCUCCGAGUGGACUUCAGUGGUAACCGAGCUGUACUCGUGGAAACUCCUCCACCCCACCGACCACCACCAGAACAAGGAGUGUCCCACAGAGGCCGAGGAGUACGAACGGGCGACGCGCUAUAACUACACGGAUGACGAGAAGUUCGCGCUGAUCGAGGUGAUCGCCAUGAUCAAGGGCCUGCAGGUGCUGAUGGCCAAGAUGGAGACGGCCUUCAGCGACGGCAUCCGACGCAACAUCUACGCCGAGCUGCAGGACUUCAUCCAGCUCACUCUGCGAGAGCCGCUCAGGAAGGUCAUCAAAAACAAAAAGGACCACGUCCGCACCAUCCUGACGUCGAUCCGCGAGACGUGUGCCGACUGGCAGCAUGGAGUCCAACCGCACGACGACCCCAUCCUGCGCGGCAAAAAGGACCCCGACGGCGGCUUUGGCAUCAAGGUGCCGCGCCGCAGGGUCGGCCCAUCCUCCACGCAGCUGUACAUGGUCCGCACCAUGCUCGAAUCGCUGAUCGCCGACAAGUCGGGCGGUAAGCGCACGCUGCGGAAGGACAUCGACGGCCCUUACCUGCUGCAGAUCGACCAGUUCCACAAGACGUCCUUCUUCUGGCCCUAUCUGCUCAACAUCAGCGAGUACCUGCAGCAGUGCUGUGACCUCUCGCAGCUCUGGUACCGAGAGUUCUACCUGGAGAUGACCAUGGGAAAACGCAUCCAGCACUGUGCCGCGCCGCACGAACACAACGACGAGUGCAGCAAUCUGGUGGUGAUGGAGAAACGUAUUCAGUUCCCGAUCGAGAUGUCGAUGCCCUGGAUCCUCACCGAUCACAUUCUGCGCAAUAAGGAGCCGUCCAUGAUGGAGUGCGUGCUCUACCCGCUGGAUCUCUACAACGACGCCGGCUACUACGCGUUGACUCGCUUCAGGAAGCAGUUCCUCUACGACGAGGUCGAGGCCGAGGUCAACCUCUGCUUCGACCAGUUCGUCUACAAGCUCAGCGAGCAGAUCUUCGCCUACUACAAGAACCUGGCCGGCAGCAUCCUGCUGGACAAGCGGUUCCGCAUGGAGUGCGCCCUGCUCGGCACCCGGCUGCCGUACCCGCCGGCCAACCGGUACGAGACGCUGAUGAAGCAGCGGCACGUCCUGCUGCUCGGUCGCUCCAUCGACCUCAACAAGCUCAUCAGCCAGCGCAUCAACGCCAACAUGCAGAAGUCGCUCGACCUGGCACUGACGCGCUUCGAGGCCAGCGACCUCACCGGCAUUGUGGAGCUGGACGGCCUGCUGCGCGUCAACCACCUGGCGCACAAGCUGCUCUCGGAGAACCUGGCGCUGGACGACUUUGACGCCAUGCUGCGCGAGGCCAACCACAACGUGCUGGCGCCCUACGGCCGAAUCACGCUGCACGUGUUCUGGGAGCUCAACUAUGACUUCCUGCCCAACUACUGCUACAAUGCCGCCACCAACAGGUUUGUGCGCGCCACUGGCCUGGUGUUCUCUGCCGGCGUAAACCGUGAGAAGCCCCCGCAGGCGCCGCAUUUCAUGCUGUGGGGCAGCCGGGCUCUCAACACCUCCUACAGCAGCAUCUACGGCCAGUACUCUGGCUUUGUGGGCGCCCCGCACUUCCGCGCCAUCUGCCGACUGCUCGGCUACCAGGGCAUCGCGGUGGUGAUGGAGGAGCUGCUGAAGAUCAUCAAGUCGCUGAUCCAGGGCAACAUCCUGCAGUUCACGCGCACACUGAUGCACGUGAUGCCACAGCGGUGUCACAUGCCCAUGCACGACUACGGAUCGGCAGGCGUUCUGGAGUACUACAACGCGACGCUGACGGACAUCAUCCAGUACCCGGACGCCCGAACCGAGCUGUUCCACAACUUCAGAGAGUUCGGCAACGCGCUGCUCUUCUGCCUGCUGAUGGAGCAGGCGCUGAGUCAGGAGGAGGUGUGCGACCUGCUGCACGCCGCGCCGUUCCAGUUCAUCCUGCCGCGCGUGUUCUGUCGCGAGGGUGAGAAACAGGAGGUGAAACAGCGGCGACUGCAGGAGAAGUACGCCUCGCUGCAGGUGGUCAACAACAUCAACCAGAUGGGCACACCCAGCCAAGGCAACAUCGCCGAGGAGGGCGACCUGUUGACCCGCGAGCGGCUCUGCUGCGGCCUCUCCGUGUUCGAGGUCAUCCUGAGCCGGGUGCGCGGCUUCCUGGAUGAUCCGAUCUGGGUGGGGCCGCCGCCCAAGAACGGCGUCAUGAACAUCGAGGAGUGCACAGAGUUCCAUCGGCUCUGGUCGGCGCUGCAGUUCGUCUACAGCAUACCGGUCGGAGACAACGAGUUCACCGUCGAACAAAUGUUCGGCGAGGGCAUGCACUGGGCCGGCUGCGCCAUGAUCGUGCUGCUCGGCCAGCAGCGCCGGUUCGAGGCGCUCGACUUCUGCUACCACCUGCUGCGCGUGCAGCGGGUUGACGGCAAGGACGGCGUCGUCACCGGCAUCCAGCUGAAGAAGAUGGUGGACCGCAUCCGGCGCUUCCAGGUGCUCAACUCGCAGAUCUUCGCCGUGCUCAACAAGUAUCUGAAGAGCUCGUACAGCGACCAGGACAACCUGCCCGUGGAGCACGUCAAGUGCUUCCAGCCACCCAUUCACCUGGCCAACCAGGGCCACUACCAGCGGCCCGAGCAGCUGAGGCCCGUCAGAAAGUAGGCCGGCCGCGCUGUCGGCGAGCCCGCCGCGGGGCUGGAGCUGAACGGUUCGUCCGUGUGUACCGGCCACCGGUAUCACUGGAGUCGUAAGUGACAACAGCGAACUGUGCGGUUCGCGUUCCUUGACACUGGCUUUACUGAGGCUUCGUGAUUUACCCUGCCUCGGCUGGAGUGUUGUCUCUGAUGAGAUUGACAUUGAACGCAUGAACUACCUGAGACUGCUACAUGUGAUUGUCUAUUAUCAGUACUGGCGUAAAGCCCAGUGGCAAGUCCGUUAUUUUGCAAGUGGACUGGCGUCGUGUUGCUUAUUUUGCAGGUGAACUGGCUUUGUGCCGCUACACUUUGCUCUGCGUUUGACCAUUAUAUUUCGUGAUGUGUUUCGUCUUGUUUCGCUCGUUUUACUGUUGGCGACUGCCGAGCGCCGCCAAGAUUCGCCAUUCCGCGCUGUCGCAGUGGCAGUGAAUCUUACUGUGCGUGGUUAUUUGGCGAGUAUUGCGCGUGUAAGUCGUGUGUUACGUAUUGUAUAGACCGUGUACCCUAAUGAGCGCCCAAAGCUGCUGACGUCUUGACUAUAAAGUCAUCAUCGAAUUCAGCGUUCGCUCUUCACGGGGCGGGCGGUCCCGCUGCCUAUGCUUUAGCUGCACACGGCGGGUAACCCGCGCCAUGCAUUUACAUUACCUGAAACGCUGAAUAACGUAUGAACUGAGUGAUAAGACCUCCACUGAGUGAACGUCUAUUCCGACUGUCUGUCUUCCCGGCUUUUCCGAGAACUGUGCUUAUUUGCUGCGAGGACAGCUGGUUCAGGUGGUGUGAUUAUUUCACUUCACCUUACCGCUGCGGCGGUGUCCGUGUUUUGUCUAUGGGGAGGGAGGGUCAGUCGAGACGGCUAUUUUAUACAGUAUGGAGCUGCGGCCCUGCCGGCCGGAAUAUAGCUGCGUCGUGAAUGUGUUCA